UCUGAAGCGGCUGAAAUGGAGGCGGUGUACGUGAGACAUGUGGAGAUGCUGGGGUUCGAGCGCCUGUUUCCAAGUCGUCACUAUGUGUUCAGGCUGAUGGUGAAGUGGAGCGACGACUCAGAGAAGCUCAUCUAUCGAACGUACCCUGAGAUCCACACUUUCCACAAAACCCUGAAGGAGAUGUUUCCCAUUGAGGCGGGUCAGAUCGAGAAGAGAGACAGGAUCAUCCCUUCUUUACCAGCUCCUCGGUGGCUGGAGAGCGAGCGCUGGACUGAGUCGAAGAAGGGCACUCUGAGUGACUACUGCCAGGCUCUGCUGCGGCUGCCCCCUCACAUCUCCCGCUGCAGCGCCCUCUGCAGCUUCUUCAGGGUACGAGCAGAGGACGAGAACCCCCAGGGCACCACCACACUCAAGAGAAACGAGACAAUUGAGUCCCAAGAGACGACCAGAGCCAACGCAUCAGAGAUUUCAGGUCCUAUUAUUCUGGACACAUAUCGAGUGAUCGCCGACUUCACCAAGACGUCCAAACACGAGAUAAACCUUCACACCGGAGACCUGGUGGAGAUCGUGGAGAAAAACCAAAACGGUUGGUGGUUCUGUCAGCUGGAGUCCAAACACGGCUGGGUCCCUGCGUCGUACCUGGAACCUUUAGACGGCCCCGAGGAAGAGGAGGAGCCAGAACCAGACUAUGAAGGAGAGCUGUACGUCACCACCAGAGCUUACAAAGCCGAGCAGGAGGACGAGAUCUCCCUGGAGAUUGGACAAACCAUCGAAGUCAUCCACAAACUGCUGGACGGGUGGUGGGUCGUCAGAAACGAGGAGGAGACUGGACACUUCCCCUCCAUGUUUUUACAGAAAGCUGGGAAAAAGGCUUCCACAUGGCGAACCAACCCAUAUGGCACCAAACUACCUCCACGAAGGUCCACCAUUAGAAACGCCAAGAGCAUCCACGGCCGCUCCAAGCCCAGCCUGUCCCAGGACGCCUACCGGAGGAACAGCCGAAAGUACCUCCAACAGAAGGGACUGUCGCCACGGAAACACUCACACGGUAGCGCCAAAUCACCUCUGCGGGAGCGGACGCACCAAGACAACAUCCCAGAUUCCAGUUCAGAUGCGGAGCAGAAGAAGGCAGCCCCAGCUCCGGUGAUCCCUCCCAGACCCAGUGCGGAGCUGAUCCUGGAGCGAUGCACCGACAAAACCCGCAAACGACUCAGUCUCCACGGCGCCCCCACCGCCUCCGUCAGCUGAACUACACCCUCAAGAACCCACAGAACAUACAACAGCAUUCAGCAUCCUUAUGAACAUCUGCGUAUUUUAGUUUAAAAUUACACAAAACUGCGCAGUUUGACAUCACAACAUACUAUAGGCUAUUUAAAGGUGCAUUGUGGAACUUUUCUGGUGAAGGGCUCGUCUUACUUUUCUUCAUGUUCUUGCUUUGUCUGGAAUGUUCCACAGUAUGGCAUUGAACCUUUCUAUCAUCGUGGAGACUAAACUAGACCAAGAUACAGGUCAGAUCUGUGGAGAGUAACAAAAGUAUGUAUGUAGCUGUUCCUGUCCUGUUUAUAUUUGUUGUAACAAAGAAUAAAGCUGCUUGUAUUUCA